AUGCCCGCCUCCGGCGGGCCCGCUGCGCUGCCGGCCUUGUGCGUGGCGCUGAUAGCUGGUCUGGACUGGCGAGCGAGCCCCCUUCGGCCUGGACCCGUGCCACGGAGUGAGGCUCUGGUGUGGCUCGACGGGGACGCCGACGCCGGCGUCGAGGCCUUGUUGACGGCUCCGACUCCCACGGGGGAAGAGUGGUGCGCUGAUCUCCCUCGCGGUGCUCUCGCCCGGGUGAGCUACGACGACGACGUCAAGGACCUCGAGCGGGUCGUGGUUUGGCCCUCGCGGCGAGUGGAGGCUGUCGAGCGGGUGGGUCUGCACUUCUACUGGGUCCUCUCGCCCGACGGCGACUGGAGGAGGGAGCGGCUCUCAGGGGCCUCACCUACCGACGGCCCUUUGGACGACGAGCGCAUCGCCGACGGGGGUGCCUCGCCUGCUGAUGGCCGGAAGCUGUGCAGCUUCCGCGAGCGGCCGACCCCUACUCGGCUCGUGGAGCCGGCCGACGGGUGCCGACUGGCGAUGGAGGCUCGCGGGCAGGCGGCUGCCGGGGGGCCCGCCCACGUGGAGCUCGCCUCUGGCAUGCUGCUGGAAGGCGGGGAGGUGUUCCCGUGGGCCGCGCCGCCGUGGCCGUCGCACCGACUCCACGGGAGGCAGGGGCACGUCUGGGUGCUGACCGAGCCAGUGUUCGACCUGGACAUCGGCACGCUCGCGGACCCGUCGAACGAGACGCUCAUUGGCGCUGGAUUGGGUGCCCCCGGGCUUCGUCGCGGACGGGCGUUUCGUCAGGAGCUGGUGCCGCGGGACGACGUGGCAGGCUGGGCGUCACGCCGUGUGGCCGAGCUGGGCCGUCUCCUGGAGGUGGCAGUUCCCAGGGCGACGCUCGGCUCCUCUCCCCCGGGCGGUGUCCUGGAUGGCGCCGCUGCCAGCGGCGCGGAGGGCGCUCCCGCCCGGGAUGGCGCUCCGUCGGCUGUUGCUUUGGUUGACGCCGCUCGAGAUGGCACUCGCAUGUUCUGGAUCGAGUGGGACGGCCAAGGGGAGCGGCACAAGGGGUUCAGAGAGGCCGCGAACGAGUCGGUGGACUGUGUCGAGGGCCACCAGCGUCAGGAGGACGGCCUGACUCGCCUGCACACCUGCAAGAUGAUGUACCACACGAUGGGCACCCCUCGGAGUUGGCUCGAGAAGUUCUUGAGUGACAAGCACGUCGUGCACGCCGACCGGGUCGCCCCUGGGCCCUGGCCGCCGAUUGAGGCGCUCGAGGAGGCCGUAUCCUUCGACCAGGCCAACCUGGGGGGGCUCGCUCCCCUUGUAGUGGCCGAGCGCCGGCUCAACGUGACCGUGGACGCCUACAAGUGCGCUGGCACCCCCUCGUUCGCCACCGCCAAGUACUUGGCUCCGCUGGGCGAGUCAGACGAGUCGACGGCGCCGCCGCCGAGGAGCCACGUGGCCUACUACAUGAAGGAGGUCUGUGGGGUCGAGCAGUCCGUGAUGAAGGCCGAGGCUGCGGAUGCUCGUGUGACGUCGCACCCCGGGGCUCCCCCCGCCGGUCCAGUCAUGACCGAGAAGGCACAGCCGGGGGAGUGGGCCCCCCCCGGCUGGCACCACAAUCUGGCCCGCGCCUCACCGCUGCCGCCGUCCGAUUUUGAGAGAGACCUGUUCCCCGUGCCGAUGAUGGCUGCGCCGGGCGGCUCCGCCCGUGGGCGCAGGUCUCAGCGUAGGACUCGCGCUCGGCAGCACGAGGUGGAAUUGGUGAAUCGCGCCCUCCGCAGCUUGAACUGGUUGGCCGGCUUCAAGGGCGCGGCCGCUUCACCGAGUCCGGGCGCAACGACCCUGGACAAGCGUGCAGCCCUUCAGCAGCACUUGCUUCGUGAAGCUCAUCGGCGACAGGCCGCAGCUCCGCAGGUGAUGCCGAAGGCGGAGGCAGCCCUGAGGGAGCUGCUCCGGGGGCAGUCCGUGUACGAGACGGACUUGGCCCCAAGGAACCUCGUCUCCUACCUGCCCGGCAAGGUCUCACUUCCCGACAGCGUGCUGGACUGCCGCUUCAUCGAGGAUAUCGUGUGCCCUGGGUGCCGCUCGUUCUUGGAGGAGAACCACAAGCGUAUGAGGUUGGAGCCGGAGUCAGUCAACUUCGACAGCGUGCCGCGGCUAUACAUGGACCCGGUGCUGAAGAGGGACCCCAAAUCCUACCGUACCUUUCUGCGAGAUCUUGCUGGGCGCGGACUUCUUGGUGUAACGGCUAGGCCCGCCGAGUCGGUGGGCCUGUUUUUCGCAGCUAAAACGAACGGGGCACAGCGCAUGAUAAUUGAUGCGAGGCGGAGCAACGGCCACAUCAGAGCUCCGCCAGGCGUGCAGCUUCUCAGCAGUGAGGGUUUCGGCCGGAUCGAGAUCGAGUUGCCGCCUGGUGUUCUGCCCUCGUCGGUUGAGGGGCAGCGGCUCCUGGGUGCCUUCGCCGUCUACGUGGCCACCACCGACGUGAAGGACUGCUUCUACCGGAUGCGCGUGCGCGAGGACCUCGGCCGCUACUUUUGCCUGCCCGCCGCCCCCAAGUGCGUGUUCGACGGCCUGCAGGUGGCCGGCGUCCCGGCGGAGACCCCGCCAGACGCUCCCGCGCGGCCUUACUUGGCCGUGCUGCCUAUGGGGUUCACGUGGUCGUUGUACCUGGCCCAGGCCUUCGUGCUUUGCGCCGCCUCGCGCGGGGUCGGGGGCGCCUACGUGCACGUGGGCGACCUAGGCGCCGUGUCGGACGACGCCGAUCUCAGUGAGAGGAUGGUGUCAGAAUGGAGCGAUCUUUUCGAGCCGGUCGGGCUGGCGCUCCACAAGUCAGAGUCCCACGGGGGCGCUGGUGAGGCUCUCGGCACCGAGCUUGACGGCGUCCGCCGUCGCUCGGGGAUCACCUCGAGCCGGUUUUGGAAGCUCGAGCGAGGCUUACAUGGCCUUCUCGCUCGGGGGCGUUGCAGCGGCCAGGCGCUUGAAACAGUAAUCGGGCAUUGCACGUUUUGCGGCCUGGCGGCUUGUGAGUCCCUGUCUAUCUUCCACACUGUCUAUAAGUUCAUUUCGGUUCAGUAUCUCGACGUGGGCCCGAUGUGGCCCGAAGUGGUCGAGGAGCUCGUAGCUUUUAGAGGGGUCCUUUUGCUUCUGGGCCGCGACUGGUGGCUGCCAUGGAACCCGUGCGUUUUAGAAACCGACGCCAGCCUAGCGGGCUGGGCGAUGGCCCAAAGCUUCUGGGGCCCAGCUCAGGUCGCCGGCGUCGGUCGUGUCAGCGAGCGCUCCCGUUUCAAGCGCGUCGGUGCUCACUCCGCUCGGGAAUCCGCACUCACCUCCGCCCACCUCUUCCGUGACGAGUCAGGCGAGUGGAGAAGCCAGCUUCUAGGAGACGAUCCUCUUUCAGACGACUGGGAGGUCGUUGCGGGUUUUCCCGAAGUCCCCUGGCAGCUCCUCCGGGGCUCGGCCUGGAAAACCGUCCGGAAGGGGGUUUGGGGCCUUAGCGAGGGUAUUCUGGUGCUGGAGGCCCGGGUCUUGGUGAAGGCCAUCCGUAGGCUCGCCAGGAGUCAGGACUUCAAGCUUCUGGUCCAGAUUCGACGCUUCAACGCUUGCGCUCUUGCCCUUGGCAUCGCCCCAUAUUUUAGAUGGAUCCCUUCGGAGUUUAACCAGAGCGAUGCCGGGAGCCGCGAUCACUCGGAAGAGUCUGUCCCGACGGAUGUGCGCUCGGACGCUGCAGCCGACGUGGGCCCCAGCGCGGCCGAUCUCUCCAGGGCCGCUACGUGUUCGGCCGAGACCUGGCGUUCGCCCGCCGCCUUGCCCGAGUGCUCCGCUGGCGGCGAGGGCGAGGGCGAGAAUGCUGACGGGGCCCCAGAGAGCGACGGAGGCACGUGGCCCCAGAGCCCGCCUCGACGUACCGACGGGGGUCCACGGCGCCCGACCGGCCCGGACAUGCUUGGAGCGCCGCCCUUGCCAGCCGCCGACGACCUCGCCCCCGCGGCCUCCGCUGGCGACGACGAGGCGGGCGCCGAGGGAGAGGGCGAGUCGAACGGGCCCGACAACGUGGUGAACCAUGCGACGGCGGCUUCGAGGAGAUCUCGCCGCCUCCAGGACUCCCGGCGCCAACGCCAAGCGGCCCUCCACACGGACAUGUUCAUGCAGGCCGUUGUCGGGGGGCCCGCGUUGCUGGAGCGUCUGGCGGUGACUCGUCGGGCGAGGGAGCGCUACGCCAAUUAUCUCGAUCGUUCUUACUCGCAUGCCGACCCGACCAACGACAAGCUCAUGAGGGGCGCGAACGAGGCCGUGGACUGCUGGGCGUGCGACUACUUCAACGCGAUGUACCUGUGCGAGGCGCAGAGCGGCCUGGAAGACCAGACUGGAACUGCCCUGGUGAACCGGCGCCCAGCUUUCGACCAGCGGGGCGGGGGAGCCCCGCCGCGGACGCGGCGAGCGCUGGAGGCGUGGAGACGACGGGCGCCUCCGCGGACCCGCCAAGCACUGCCGUUCGCCGUGCAGUCGCCGGGGGUGUGGCUGCUGGCGGACAAGGGCCUCCCGCUCGUGGCUCUGUUCUUAGCGGUGGGCCUCUCCGCCUGUUCCAGGUCCUCUUCUCUGGUGGCAGCUCUAAGGUGCGCCCUGGCCCCACCGCCGCGUGCAACAGUGGGCAGCUGGAACCUUCCGACUCACCCCGAGGAGGAGGGAAGACCGAGCAAAACAAAUCGCUACAACAAGGAGUCCCUCCUGGACUCGAGCUACUUCCAGGGGGCAGGCCCUCUAUUCCCCGAGCCCGGAGUGAGCGGAGACCGGCCAAUGCUGUGGCCUUUCGCGCACCUAGAGCUUUCAAAGGCGGUGCAGCUGGCGGCGGCCGAGGACGGGGUCGACAGGCUGACGCUGUGCCACCUUCGCCGCUCAGGCGCGAGCAUCGACGCCAGCAGGCUCUCGCGCACCCUAGAGGAGAUGCGGAUGCG